AUGUUCUACACACAUGUGCUUAUGAGUAAGCGAGGGCCAUUGGCCAAAAUCUGGCUUGCAGCUCACUGGGAGAAGAAACUCACAAAGGCCCAUGUAUUUGAAUGUAAUCUAGAAAUAACCAUUGAAAAAAUUCUUUCACCUAAGGUGAAAAUUGCACUUCGAACUUCAGGACACCUUCUUUUGGGAGUUGUUCGAAUCUAUAAUAAGAAGGCAAAAUAUCUUUUGGCAGAUUGCAGUGAAGCAUUGCUUAAAAUGAAGAUGACAUUUCGCCCAGGACUGGUUGACCUUCCAAAAGAGAAUCUCGAAGCAGCUUACAAUGCGAUCACAUUGCCAGAAGAAUUUCAUGAUUUUGAUCCCCAAAAUGUGAAUGCUAUUGAUGUUUCAGAACACUUUACUCAGAACCAAAGCAAACCAGAAGAAAUCACACUUAGAGAAGAUUAUGGCAAUGAUCUACUUUUCCACGCUGGGAGCUUUGAGGAGGAACCUGAAAUUCUCAGAAGACAUAGCUUCUUUGAUGACAACAUAUUGCUAAAUUCCAGUGGUCCUUUAGUUGAACAAAGUUCUGGAAGCCUCAUUGGAGAAAUAUUUCUGUUCUAUGACAGUGGAGAUGGAUUUGGAGAUGAAGGGGCUGCAGGAGAAAUGAUUGACAAUCUAUUGCAAGAUGAUCAGAAUAUCCUGUUAGAAGACAUGCAUUUAAAUAGAGAAAUUUCCGUGCUUCCUGAGCCUCCCGAUACUAUAGUGGUAGAACCAGAUAAUCCAGAGUGUGUAUGUCCACCUGAAAAUGAAAAAAUGGAUGAAACCACAUUAUCAAAUGAAGAGGAAGGAUUUACCCUUGACCCAAUUGAUACUUCAGACAUUGCUGAAAAAAGAAAAGGCAAAAAGAGGAAAUUGCUCAUAGAUCCAGUCAAGGAGAUCAGUAGCAAAAUUAUGCAUAGACAGCUUACUUCCUUUACGGACACACUCAUGGUUUUGGAACUUGCACCUCCUACCCAAAGGUUGAUGAUGUGGAAGCAGAGGGGAGGGGCAGACACACUUCUGUCAACUGCUACCCAGGAUCUGACUCAUGCUGAACUGAAAAUGUUGUUUACAAAAUGCUUUGUGUCCUCUGGCUUUAAACUUGGAAGAAAAUUGAUGCAGAAGGAGUCAGUAAGGGAAGAAAUGGGAAGCAAAAACAUAGUAGAGACCUCCAUGAUGGAAGAGCCAAAUUCCCUGCAAGAGUUAAGUCAAUCCAAAACUUGGAAGGAAGCGACUGAUGGAUCUAAGUGUAGCUCUCGUGAGGAUACCAAUAAAAAUAUUAACUCUGAUCAGGAUAUUGCUGAAAUGGUAUCUUCAGCUGCUGAGGAAUCAUCUUUAAUGAAUGCCAUCUUAGCACAAGAAAUUGAAAAUUGUCCAAUUGAAUUGGAGUCAUUGGGGAAUGAACAAAAUAUUGAGGCAGAGAGAUGGAAUCGAAGAAUACUUCAGAUGUUAAAUAGCUUGCGGGAAUCCAACAAGAUGGGAAUGCAGUACUUUAGUCUGAUGAAGCUCUGCAGAAAUAAUGACCGAAAACAAGCUGCAGCCAAAUUUUAUAGCUUUCUUGUCCUAAAAAAACAGAGAGCUAUUGAGCUGAGCCAGAGUGCUCCCUAUGCAGAUAUUAUAGCUACAGUGGGACCAAUGUUCCAUAAAAUGUGA